GGCUUCGCUUUGCUGGGGCUGUGUACUGAAACAGCGCAGCGACGGCGUCGUUCGCCGCGAAACUCGCCUGGCGUGACGCAGCACGUGCGCUGGCAGCGAUGCGAUUCCCUGAUGGCCUAUUCGCUCGUUCGCUGAGCUGGGUGAGCUCGUUUUAGCCUCACCAGGGAGAGGCAGCUCUCCGGCCGCGAGACAUGACUACCCUUGUGAACGUCGCAGGUGUCAUCUGGAGCAUUGAGGGGAAAUGCAAGAAAGGUGUAAGCGGCGUCUCAGUGCCGAGGGACGAAAAAAGAAGCAAAAGAGAACAAGAGCAGACGAGCGCCCGAGGUCUCGCUCAUGAGCACUAUGGAAGCGUGGUAUGGCGUCUGUGGUGGCUUUUGACGGCUCCUGACGCCAAACUUCGACAGUCUCACAUCACACGUAGCACUCUUUGACGGCAAAGCUAUUAGCAGCGCCAAUUUGGUCGUCUCGUAGCAGGUAGACUGCAGCGUCCACACGGCAAAGCAUAGAGAAUACAUUUCCGCCUGCACCUUUGCAAAAACGCGGCGCGCGGCGGCUCCACAGCUCCACGCCAGGGGCUGUGAAUCCUCGCCCAUCCUCGCUUGCGCAUCGGAGUCUGUGCGCUGUUUCAGUCGUCGCGGCGGCUGCAGGAGUGCACUGCAGGUACCGCGGACGCAGCGCAUCGCUCGUUACGCGCGCCGCGACCGCUUAAGAGGACGGGAGCGCCGAGACCGAGACCCUCUCCACCAAAAGUCCGCGCGCCGACGCGACACCUUCCACGCAGGUAACCCGAAGAAGAAGAUGCAGUCCGUCGUCGUCGCCCUCGCCCUCUCCAGCGCGGCGGCGCUCGUCGCGCCCUCGAGGCCCGCGGCCCGCGCGGCGCCCCUCGAGGCCGCGACCAUCUCCCUGCCGACGAGCGUCAAGCCCGGCGUCGUCACGGGCGAGGCCCUCGUCGACCUCCUCUCCUACGCGAAGGAGAAGGGCUUCGCGAUCCCGGCGGUCAACGCCGUGAGCUCGUGCGGCAUCAACGCGUGCAUGGAGGCGGCCGCCAAGUACGGCGGCCCCAUGAUCGUCCAGUUCAGCCGCGGCGGCGGCCAGUUCCUCGCGGGCAAGUUCAUCGGGAACCAGGAGCCCGACAAGGCGUCCGUCGCGGGCUGCGUCGCGGGCGCGUUGCAGGUCCGCCAGCUCGCGGAGCUCUACGGCGUGCCGGUGAUCCUCCACACGGACCACUGCAUGCGCGACUGGCUGCCGUGGUUCGACGGCCUGCUCGAGGUGCGCUUGCGGCGUCCGAUUCGUAUGCGCGACGUGGUGCCUUCGACUCGCGCCGGUCGCGGCGAUGGCGUGAUGGUGGGGCCCCCACUGCCUCCACGCCACCGCCUCGUGGCGCCCGACGCCCUCGCCGCGACGCAAACACGCCUGACGCCGCCACGCGACGCCGGGACGCGCGGGGGAGUCACCAACAAUCCACGCAGGCCAACGAGGACUACUUCGCCAAGAACGGCGAGCCCCUCUUCUCGAGCCACAUGCUCGACCUCUCCGAGGAUCCCCUCGAGGAGAACAUCGCGACCUGCGUCGAGUACCUCGAGCGCAUGUCCAAGUCGAACCUCCUCUUAGAAAUGGAGCUCGGCAUCACGGGCGGCGAGGAGGACGGCGUCGACAAUUCGGAUGUGGACUCGUCCAAGCUCUACACGCAGCCCGAGGAGGUCUGGCAGGUCUACGAGGCCCUCUCGAAGGUCCCGAACGGCAAGUUCACGGUCGCGGCCGCCUUCGGCAACGUGCACGGCGUCUACUCGCCGGGCAACGUGCGCCUCGAGCCCCAGAUCCUCCACAACACGCAGAAGUUCAUCUCCGAGAAGCUCGGCGGCGACGACAAGAAGCCCGUCUACUUCGUCUUCCACGGCGGCUCCGGCUCGAGCACCGAGGACAUCCAGUACGCCAUCGAGGCGGGGACCUGUGUGGAAAUCAACCAGUGCGUCGGGUGCACCCGACAAUUCUUCACUAAGUCGUUUCUCGGCGAUGACGCGGCCGUCCUGGCUCGGUCGAGCGGCGAGGAACCGGCAUCGCCACGCCAUCGAGCAGGCGUCGCGUCGAUGGCGUGGAGGACGACGCGGCGAUUCAGCACGAAUGCGCCGUAAAAUUUUGAUUUCCACACAGGCCGGCACGAUCAAGAUGAACAUCGACACGGACACCCAGUGGAGCUUCUGGGUGCGCGGGCCGCGUCCCGAUUAUAUUUCGACCUUCGCCGCGGCCCGUCGGCCGCGCGCCGCGGGCCGUCACGAUUAUACUUCGACCUUCGCCGCGGCGCCGUCGACCACGCGCCGCCCUCAUCUCAUUGCCACACAGGACGGCAUCCGCGAGUACGAGGCCAAGAACCACGACUACCUCCAGCAGCAGAUCGGCAACCCCGACGGCGCCGACAAGCCGAACAAGAAGUACUACGACCCGCGCAUGUGCCUGCGCUCGGCGGAGGAGGCGACCGUGGAAAGAUUGGGCAAGGCGAUGGAGGACCUGAAGUGCGUGAACGUGUUGUAGGCACCUACAAGACCGCACACUGUUCCCUCCCGUCGUAAAAACUAGUUGCUCAUGACUACGCGUCGACGGCGUCGUCGUCGCGGCAUCCGUCGGGGAGAGAGCCGUGGAAAGGACAGAACACAACAAAAUC